AUGGCUCCCAGAAAGCGUGCGCGGGCUAGCACCCAAACCGCUGCAACACCAACUCCGGCGCGAGAUGAUGAUGCGAUGGAUGUCGAUACUCCCCAGACCGGCGAUCAAGAUGCCUCUAGCGAGAUACGGGAACAAGAACCAGACAAUAACUACAAUGACCUUUGGACGGACGACCAGGUGGCAUCAUUAUUCAAGGGUGUCAUUCGUUGGAAGCCAGCCGGUAUGCACAGGCACUUUCGAAUGAUAGCGAUUUCGGAACACUUGCGGAACCACGGCUUCGAUCCAGAUUUAUACCAGCACACGCGCAUUCCUUACAUAUGGCAGAAGCUCAAGACAUACUACAAUAUCGAGGUCAUUGAUGAACGAGAGAACUUUGACGAAGACGAAACUGAAGAUAGAUACAACGAGUUCUCCCUACCGAGAGACCAGUUUUUCGACGCGAUGAUGGAGCGCGCCCAAGCUGAUCCUAGCGAAGCACCGACAUCACCUGCACAGCUAGACCUAUCGCCGCCGCCGCCGUCCCCGGCCAAGAAACGCAAGAGAGGCGAGACCAAGACUCGAGGCGCGUCAGUUGAGGAUACUGAGGAAGGUACGGACGCCCCGUCACCGGCGCCCAAGUCGAAGCGAGGUUCCUCACGGCAGAAGAAGAAGGCCACACCCGCCAAGACCGAAAAGCAAGAAAAGGCCGAGACUACAGAGGAGGAGGAAGAUGAUGACUCUGAAGACGAAGAGGAGGAGGAGGAAAGUGACGGUUCAUCUUCUAAUGGUGAAGAGGAAAGUGCCGAAGAGAGCGGAACACAAGUGUCCAAGUCGACUCGUGGCGCCAAAAAGGGCCAAAAGGCUGCGACUACGAAAGCAAAGGCGAGACCAAAAAGGAGACGUUGA